AUGCCGUCACUCAAGCCGCUCAAAAGAACAGAGGUGCCUCUUUGGACAGCAAUCAUCUUGAAGGGCCAAGGAAAAUGUAAUAUAAUCGCUCCGGCUUGGUUGAGCUACAGCUAUCUCAAGAAGAUGUACGACCAAGAGAAGAAAAACCCGGAGAUGUUUUCCAAUCUACCCUGGAAUUGGCUCGAACUAUCCAAAAUUCUCAUUACAAAGGCUGCAGAUGACCUUGCAGACUCAAGCACCCAGCUCUGUUCUAUUAUCAAAGACCUCAGAGAAAUACGUCAGCUGAAAUCCAAAAGAGGCCUACGAGAAUUGAACGAGUCCAACAUUCAAUUGAACGGACUCUCGUUGAUGGAGCUUAACGAACUCAGACCAUUUGUUCUUCUGGUAAUGGGCAAAAUGCGUCAGCUCCACGACAGUGUCUCUACAACCGAUGAUAAGGCCAGUGACGAUGAGUCUGACCACGAGUGGUAG